UUACGUGUACAACAUGAAUGAAAUUAAAAUAUUGGUCCUUUUUUUUUUUCUUUCUUUCUUGAAUAUUAACAUAUGAACUUUAAACAAACGCUUGUUCCACAUUUGUAAUCUACUGUACAUUAAUAUUUUAUCCAAAUUUAAACCGGCCUAUAAUUUUAUCUUAUCAGGUUAACGGAGAUAUUUAUUCGGUAUUUGUAUGCGCAGUUUUCCAGAACAUCGGCGUUGGAAGCGAAGAAAAAUGCCUGCCAGAGGUUUUUGGAGAGCUUUAGAUUUGAAAAAGCUAAUCAUACCAGCAGAUAUAAUUUUAAAAAAAGAUUGUAUUGUUGUUAUUGAAGGCAUUAAAGCCAUUGACUCUGCAAAGGUAUUUUACCGAGAAGCACUACCUCCUGCUGAAGGUACUCCAUCAACAAUAAAUGUACUUUUGUUGCAUGGAAGAAUGUUUUCUUCAAAAACAUGGCUUGAUUUAGGAACAAUUCAUAUAUUAGCAGCUAUGGGAUACCGAACUGUUGCUGUAGAUCUUCCAGGUUAUGCAAAUACACCUUCAGCUGAGAUUCCAGAUAAAGGUCAUUUUCUCCAUCAAAUUAUCCAGAGUUUUGACUUGCGCAAUCCUGUUAUAGUUAGUCCAAGUAUGAGUGGAUAUUAUGCAUUACCUUUUUUGCUGAAGAACUGGAAAUCCAUGGCUGGUUAUAUACCUGUAGCGCCUGUAGGAAUUGAAGUUUUGGAAGAUUUGCCUAAAUGUUCAGAUACAAAUUGUAAAAGUCAGAUUUAUGCUCCCUUACAACCUUAUUUACAUGAUCCACUUCCAGAUUUAAGCCACAUUCAGACACCUACAAUGGUUAUAUUUGGAGAGAAAGAUAGAUCACGAAAUUCAGCCUUACUGAGCUUGUUACCAAUGAGUCAGUGUCAAGAAAUACCUAAUGGAAGCCAUCCUGCAUAUCUUGAUAAUCCAAACCUGUGGCAUCAACUUUUGUACAAUUUCUUAUGUCACCUUUCAAAAACAUAUUGUUUAGAGUAACAACAAAUUUUGUUUGUUUGAAUGCUGAUUUCUUAUCAACUAGAAGUAGAAGAGAUAUACUCGCAUAUUUUUACAAAGGUAUUUUUAUAUUACAGAUUUAACAUUAAAAUGUUGAUUAAA